AUGCAAUCACCUUGUCUAAACGACUUCCCUGAAGCAUUCCUUCUUCAAGGGUGCUGCCCUGGCCCUCUCCUCGGCUAUCUUGAGCCCCUCAACAAGCCUCCUGACAACAAGAAAUCAUCCACCACCACAACAACGACCACCUUGGCCACCAGCCGUCGAAACUUCACUACUGCAACUAAUUCCUCCAUUUUCCCGGCCACCCACUUCACAAAUCCCGACUCUCUACCCUCUCUGCUCAAUGCAUUCGCAGAAUUCACCAAAGCAUACCCGCAGUACUCUGCAACGUACGAGGACAAGAUGUUGGACCAUCUUCAUCUUCUGCUUCUCUUUCGCCACAACUACAAAGUUCGAAUCUUCCCUACUUUACCGUGUGUUACAAGACCGCCCGGGAGUCUUAAGACGCAGCUCCUCCAUGGUGGUCAGGAAUCGGAGAUAGAAUCCGCCAUGAAGAAAAGGGUCAUAAGCUUCCUCAACAUAUCAGCAAAAGAUUACAGCAUGGUUUUCACUACAAAUAGGACUUCUGCUUUCAAGCUUCUUGCAGAGUCUUACCCUUUCAAGUCCUCUAACAAGCUUCUCAGUGUGUAUGACUACGAAAGCGAGGCAGUGGAAGCCAUGACUAAAAUCUCUGAAAGGAAAGGAGCCAAAAGCACGUCAUCAGAAUUCAACUGGCCUAGGCUUAGGAUUAACUCGGUCAAGCUGAAGAAGUUGAUUGUGAGGAGUAGAAAGAAGAAAAGGAAGAGAGGGCUUUUCGUCUUCCCGCUUCAUUCGAGGAUGACUGGAGCUAGAUAUCCAUAUUCAUGGAUGCGAACUGCGCAGGAGAAUGAGUGGCACAUACUAAUGGAUACUUGUGCAUUGGGACCAAAGGACAUGGAUAGCUUUGCCCUCACCCUCAUUCACCCAGAUUUCAUUGUCUCUUCCUUCUACAGAGUCUUUGGGGAGAACCCAUCUGGGUUCAGAUGUCUCUUCGUCAAGAAAUACACCAUUUCGUUUAUGGAAGAUUAUACAGGUGCUGGUAUGGUGAGCCUCUUGCCAGGGAAGAAGUUCCAUUUGCAGGAUGAAAUGUCUGGUGGAGAUGUUGAAGUUGAAUACAUGCCUAAGCUCGGUUUGGAAGAAAAGGCUGAGGUGGAUACAUCAAACUCUUUCUCAUAAGCAUCCGGUCCAGCAGUCGUUAUCGCCAUUGCCAGUUCCCAAUCGUCUCGGAUCGUUGCGCUUUUCGGGGAAGAGCUGGCCAUCCUCGCACUACCGGCGACAUCAAACUUCGGACAUAAUCCGUUAACGAAACCCCGAACAAGAGUCGUUUGCUCUUUGGCCUUGCUCUUGAUUACGAUUCCGGCUUCUCGAGCGAUGCUGGAUUCGCAUUACUAUGAUCAAACAUGUCCACAGGCCGAGGCCAUCAUCUUGCAGACGGUUCGCAAUGCCUCCAUCUAUGACCCCAAAGUCCCCGCUCGCCUCCUCAGGAUGUUCUUCCAUGAUUGUUUCAUAAGGGGUUUUGAUGCCUCUAUCCUGCUCGACACUACUCCUGGAAACCAAGCCGAAAAAGAUGGCCCUCCCAAUGUUUCAGUCCGGUCAUUCUACGUGAUCGACGAUGCGAAAGCUAAACUUGAAAUUGCUUGCCCCCAGACGGUUUCUUGUGCAGAUGUUAUAGCUAUAGCAGGCAGAGAUGUAGUAAGUAGUAACCAUGGUAAUAGUUAG